UAAUGAAUGCCGAGCAUUUAUGCCACUGAGCCCAUGGUAGCUUCCAUUAACCCUUCCCUCCACCCGCAAUUCGAAACAGGAACCGACAUUCCCCCUCUCCCCCUCUCUCCCUCUACAUCCGACUCCAUGCCUAGCACCGGCGAGCUGUGACUGCCUCCCUCACUCAAGCUCGCAUGGCCAAGCUCGCGCAGUCCUCCUUCGCUCUCGACCUCCUGCGCCGCCUCCUCUGCGCGCACACCGCCGGCAAUGCGGCGGGCGGGGGCAACACCAACACCGUCCAUGCCGACGUCGCUGCUCUACGGCGCGGCGACGGCGCCGCGGCGUCCAAGGAGGAGGAGGGGGCGAUGGCCAGGAGCCCCUGCAUUGUGGCCAGGCUGAUGGGCCUCGACGCGAUGCCGACGCCGCCGCGCGACCAGCAGCAGACGCUGCGCCGGAGCCGCUCCGCCAGCUCCGCGGAGGGCUGGUCCUCGCCCACGCCGUGCUGCUUCGGUGACGCGCCGCGGCGCAGGGUGGUCAGGACCACGUCGGCGUCGUUCCGGGACCGGCCCACGUACCUGAGGCGGGAGAACGACGAGUUCCUGCUCCUCAGCUUCAGCCCGGACGACGACGGCGGCGACGACCGCGACGCGGCAGGGUGGCCCAGAAGCGACGACGACGACGCGGAGAUGGCCGGGAGCAGGCGCGGCAAGAGGACGGUGGACGGCGACGGGGCCAAGAAACAGAGGCGGAGGCGAAGAAGGCUCCCGCGGCGGCGGCGCGGCGACGAGGACGCGGAGUCAAAGCCUGGCCGGAGCAGGAGGCCGGCCGCGGCGGCGGAGGAAUGCGGCCUGGAGAACUCGAGCCCGGUGUCGGUGCUGGAGGCGCGAGAAGCGCAGGAGGAGUCGUCGACGGCCACCACCGCUUCGUCAUCUUCAGUGGAAGAAUUGGAGCAUGCAGAGCCGUGCUCACCUAGCUCAGAUGGAGGCGAAACCCGGCUGGCGCCGAGGCAGCAGCUGCAGAGAUCAAGGAGGAAGCUACUGCAAGCCAACUCCGACAAUCUCGGUGACGACCCGCGUCCUGCAGCAGCUAGCUCCUCCUCUUGUGUCUCGAAAUGUUCAGACAGGAAUAGGAGGGACAGGAGAGUGGUGAACAACAAGGCAGAGGCGAUCGCCCCGGAUGCGACCGGCAUCUGGCGAAUCAUCUGCAGGAUGGUUGAGCAAGAUAUAUGUGGCAUCAAGUGGCAAGCUAGAGGUGGUGGCGACAUUGCAGCGGCGAUGGGGUCAGAGAUCCUUGAUCAGCUCAUAUGGGAGCAAACAGCUGAGCUGAUGCAGCUAACUGUGGUCUGAAUAACUGUACAUGGCUACCCAACGUGCUGCAAAAAUCUUCAGAAUACUGAACAAGAUGAAGCUGUCGGCCGCUCCGGAUGCGAAAACUCUCUUGUUACAGAAGCUGCUGUUGCUGCUGAUGACGAUGCCAACAGCAUGAAGUGAAUAUCCAAGCAUUACUGUGGAGAUAUAUAUAGAUAUGUUCAGUGAAUCUUGAGGCUGAAGGUCUGAAGAACCUGAACUCUGUUCCUCUCCAAGUCUCCAAACAGCCAUGCUAUGAAACUGUACAUGUUUUUCCUCCCUAUGUCAGCCCCAUGUACUAGCCCCUGAAUGAAUAACCUAACAAUAUAUUAGUACGAGUUAGUUGACAUAAUCUCUGUAC